UGUGUGGGUGUUUGUGUCUUAACAGAAGUCUGCGAUGUUGUUUGGUGUGGUGAUUCACACGCUGUGGUCUGCAUCCGACGACCUGAUAUCAAAACAGCUUCUGCUCUUCCUUUAAGUCGUCUCGGCCUCAAAUGAGAACCUGGGAGCGACGCGCGUAGCUGCCUGCACAGCAGCACGGGGGAGUACGGCAGCGAGGCGCCUCCCGUGAACGGUGCCGGCGACGUCGGGGCCUACUGGUCCUACUCCGGUGAAUUUGGGCCUUUUAAUUGGGCUGGAAGUUACCCAGAAUGCAACGCAUCGCGCCAGUCGCCCAUAGACAUCUCGACAGUGGCAGCCACACCCAGCGCAGUGCAUUCUGGGAUGGUGCUGGAGGGAUGGAAGAGGAGAACACCGCGGCAGCUGCUCCUGAGGAAUUCUGGGAAGAGCGUGGAGGUGGCGCUGGCGGGGGACUACUUUGUGAGCAGCGGGGCGCUGCCCGGGCGGUUCCGCGCUGCCCAGCUCUCCUUCCACUGGGGGCGCUGCAACGACACGCAAGGCUCAGAGCACCGGCUCGAUGGACAGGCCUACCCGCUCGAGAUGCAGGUGCUGCUGUACCGGCCCAACACCUCCCAGAGCCUGGAGCAGGCCAUCGCCAGUGGGGACAGCAUGGCCGCAAUCGCCAUCCUCUUUCAGGUGCGUGAUGAGGAUAACCCCGCGCUGGACCCCAUCACCAAUGGCCUGGCGCACGUGGCUCAUUACGGCAAGGAGACGCUGAUCCCCGCUCUGUCCCCGCGCUCCCUGCUCCCCGCGGAGCUGGGCUCGUAUCUCAGCUACGAGGGGUCGCUCACGGCGCCGCCCUGCUCCCCGCUCGUCAGCUGGGCCGUCUACACCCAGCCGGCCUUCAUCUCACAUGCACAGCUGUCCCGUUUCUGUGGAGUGUUCACGGUGGAGUGCGUGGGCUUCAGCAAGGUGGUGGACUACCUGCAGGACAACUACCGGCCCCUGCAGCCCAGCGCCGGCAUCGCCAUCUACCUCGCCUCACCCACACACCUCGCCCUGGCAGAGUGCAGCACCGUGCCGGACGGGCUGCGCGUCGAGCGGAUCGACGGGGACGAGCGGUCGGCGGCUGGCAAGGGGUCGGGGAUCGCCACAACCCUGCGCGUGACCUGGGCUCGACCCCGCGAGCUCUCGGCCAAUCCCAUCGAGCGCUACGCGGUGACAUACUCGCACGGGGCGAGCCAGGAGGAGGAGGAGCGGCUGACAGACGGAGACCAGGACACGGGCGUGGUGCUGCGCGACUUGAGCGCCGGCGCCGUCCACCAGAUCCGCGUGCGCUCCGUGUGCGAGGGGGGCGUGCGCAGCGCGCCCAGCGACCCCGUCUCCUUCCCCCCGCGCGCCGCCGACCCCGACGGCUCGGCGAGCAGCGGUCGGGGCGUCCUCUCCUCGUCCUCCUCCCCGGCGAACUGGGUCACCAUGGAAACCCAAGGCACGGCGGCAGGACCGCCUGCGGGCAGCGGCAGUGCCGCCCCCUCUCCUGGCGCAGCGGGAGAUGCUGGGAAUUCCCCCCUGUCCUCCGCUGCGCCCCAUUGGUCGGUUCCGGCGGCCGCGACCACGCCCAUGCCGGUGACAGCAACUGCGGUGCACCCCCCGCGGAGCGGCGCAGCCCCCACCCCCGCGGUCCCUGUUACGACCGGCAGCACCGCGACUACCGGAGGAGGGACCACAACUGCGUGGGUCGCCGUGACGACCGCAUCCCGGUCCUCGCCUCCCCACCCCCGGAGCCCGACGCCUCCCACGCAGAGCGGCGCGACCACGGCGACGGGGGGGCGCCGGGGGGGCACCACGCGCGGCGCGGCCUCUGCAUCGGCGCCGGCAUGGAGCAGCCCCACCGCCACGGCCCCGUCGACGAACACCACAGAGGCUGCGGCGGGGCCAGGCGUGACAGACAGAGGAGAAGGGGGCAGCGGCAGCGGCGCCGUCUCUGUUCCCGCAGCGCUGCCCACCACUCCCCGGCCCGCGCUGGUCGGCACCGCCGCCGCCAACGCCACCCUCGCCACCGUCGCCCACGGCGACCGCAGGAUGUGGGCGACCGCCGUCGUUCCGGACCCCGGGGUUCGGAACGGCACUGAGCGCGCCGGCGGAGGGCGCACUCGUGCAGGCAUGGUGAACGAGUCCCACGAGGGCCUGGCUCGUGGCCCCAUCACCGACUGGAAGAUUCCUCUGAUGAUCGUGUCGGCGCUUACCUGCGUGUGCCUGGCACUGCUGCUGUCCAUCCUCGUGUACUGGAGGAAGUGUUUUCAGACGGCGCACUUCUACGUGGAGGACAGCAGCUCCCCACGCGUGGUGCCACCUUCCGGCCUCCCCGCAAUCCCCAUCCCCGAGGACGGCGAGGCGCUGCCAGUGAAGCUCUUUGCCCGACACGUCGGGGAGAUGCAUGAGGGUGCCCUGCACAGCUUCAGCCAGGAGUUUGAGGAGGUGCAGCGCUGCACGGCGGACCUGGGAAUCACGGCGGAGCACUCGAACCACCCGGAGAACAAGCACAAGAACCGCUACGUCAACAUCGUCGCCUACGACCACAGCCGCGUCCGUCUGCGUCCGCUCCCGGGCAAGGAUUCGAAGCACAGCGACUACAUCAACGCCAACUACGUGGACGGCUACAACCGGCAGAAGGCGUACAUCGCGGCCCAGGGACCCCUCAAGGCCACGUUUGCCGACUUCUGGAGGAUGGUCUGGGAGCAGAACACAGGCAUCAUCGUGAUGAUCACUAAUCUCGUGGAGAAGGGUCGGCGCAAGUGCGACCAGUACUGGCCGUCGGAGAGCAACGAGGAGUACGGGAACAUCCUGGUAACGCUCAAGAGCACCCGCACGCUCGCCUGCUACACUGUGCGCCACUUCACCAUCCGCAACACCAAGCUGCGGAAGGGCACGUCGCAGAAGAGCUCUGCCCGCGGCCGUCAGAACGAGCGGCUCGUGGUGCAGUUCCACUACACACAGUGGCCCGACAUGGGCACGCCGGACUACGCGCUGCCCGUGCUCACCUUCGUCCGCAAGUCCUCGGCCACGCGCACCGACCUCAUGGGCCCCGUCGUCGUCCACUGCAGCGCGGGCGUUGGCCGCACGGGGACCUACAUCGUCCUCGACUCCAUGCUGCAGCAGAUCCGGGACUCUGGCACCGUCAACGUGCUGGGGUUCCUCAAGCACAUCCGCACGCAGCGCAACUACCUGGUGCAGACAGAGGAGCAGUACACAUUUAUCCAUGAGUCGCUGCUGGAGGCGGUGCUGACGGGCGAGACGGAGGUGGCCCCGGGCCAGCUCCACGCCUACUACACCUCCAUCCUGUCGCCCGCGGCAACCGACGUGACACGGCCCGUCGUCACGGCGACCGAGAACACCCACCUUGAGAAGCAGUUCCGCCUUGUGACGCAGUGCUCUGUGCGGCAGUCGGAAUUCUUCAGCGCCACCAAACACUGCAACAAGGAGAAGAACCGCAACUCCUCCAUCGUGCCAGUGGAGCGCUCGCGUGUCGGUCUCUCGUCGCUGUCCGGACUGGAGGGCACAGACUACAUCAACGCCUCCUACAUCACGGGCUAUUACCGCAGCAACGAGUUCAUCGUGACGCAGCACCCUCUGCCGCACACAACGCGAGACUUCUGGAGGAUGAUCUGGGACCACAACGCGCAGAUCAUCGUUAUGCUGCCCGACGGGCAGGGCCUGGCGGAGGAUGAGAGUGUGUACUGGCCGGGCCGUGAGGAAGCCAUGAACUGCGAUGACUUCACGGUGACGCUGAUUAACGAGGACCGGCUGUGCCUGGCUAACGAGGAGCAGCUCGUGAUCCACGACUUUAUUCUGGAGGCCACACAGGACGACUACGUGUUGGAGGUGCGGCACUACCAGUGCCCACGGUGGCCAGACACGGAGGGGCCCCUGAGCAACGCCUUCGAGAUUAUCAACGUGAUCCGCGAGGAGGCGACGACGCGCGACGGCCCCACCAUCCUGCACGACGAAUUUGGCGGCGUGUCGGCCGGCACGUUCUGCGCGCUCACGACGUUGCUGCACCAGCUGGAGGAGCAGGAAUCCGUGGACGUGUUCCAGGUCUGCAAGAUGGUGAACCUGAUGCGGCCCGGCGUCUUCACCGACAUUGAACAAUACCACUUUGUGUACCGCGCGGCGCUGAGCCUGAUCGGCACGCGGGAGGAUGGCGGCAUGGCGAGCGAGCGCAAUGGCUCGGCAGGCGCUGGGGAAGAGGCGGACGGCGCCGAGAGCACCGAGUCGCUCGUGUGAUUGGGAAAGGAGGGGAGGGAAGGGCGGCACAGGGCGGGGGGGGGGGGGGCACAGGGUCUGCUGGGGCGACCUGAAGAGCAGCAAGAGGGAUCUGAUGACCAAGGACCAGAGCCCAGGGAGACUGAGUCCAGGGUAGAUGAGACUUGGAGCCAUAGGGAGAUGAGACCCAGGUCCAGGUGUAAAUAUAGAUGAGACUUAAGACCAGGGCUGAUAGUACCUGAGACCAGGACAGUUAUGAAUAGGUCCUGGGACCAGCGGGACUCGGUCAGUGGGAAAUCAGAUUCUAGGGGACAGGGAUCCUGGCCCAGGGAGAAUGAGACCUGUGUCUUUGAGAGCUGUGGCAUAUACACCAACGAACAAAGCACCCGACAACAUCAAAGACCACUUCUACAAGUCUCUCGAACAGUCGCGAAACGUCACAAAACUACGGGACCUCAUCAUGUGCUUCGGAGAUUUCAAUGCAGUCUCUGGCACUUCUAGAGACGGUCUCUGGAACGUGAUCGGCCCACGUGGCAGCGGCAUCUCCAAUGAUAACUCAGAAAGGCACCUGCAUUUCUGUGCAGGAAAUGGGCUUCGAAAAUGUGGUUCUUGGUUCCAGCACCGCACCAUUGUCCAACAGCCGCACAGAAAGAAAUCGACCAUAUAUAUACUCAUUAACUCCAGGUGGAAAGCUCUGCAAAAUUGCACAAUUUACUGGAGCAUGGAGUUCGACACAGAUCGGCUCAGUUAUUACAACUAUCGGUAUCAGACUGAAACGAUUGUCCGGCAGGAUUAUUGUCUCUGUCUUCCCACUACAACAUAAAAAAAACUUUAAAGACCCUGCAUUCGAACAGCAAUUCAUAGUCACCAUUAACAACCAAUUGUUAGCCCUCCACAAUGAAUGGCUGACAGACCGGGACCAGUUUCGAGACUCCGUCAACAAUGCUGCCCAACACCUGCCUUGGAAUGUGUAGCAAUAUAAAAAAAAUAGAGUGGAUCAGUGACGACGCGUGGAGCCUAAUUGACAAGAAACGCAAAGCACGGCAUGCAGGGUCUGACCAACACUACAAGGAACUGAGAAGGUAAUGUAAGAACCAGAUCUGGGGAUGACCGCCAGAGAUGGGCAAAUGAGAAAGCUGUGGCCGCGGAGCAAGAACUCGCGAAUGGCCAAGUCAGGGAUGCGUUUUGCCAACUUCAGACAGCCCAAUCAUUAACUCUCGUGGCCUCUCGUGGCCUCGUGGUCAGCGAUAGGAGGCAAACAAUGAGUCCGUUGGAAAUAACUCUACUCUCAGCUGCUGAAUCACCCUCCGUCGUGGGUGUAUUGUACAACAUGGUGCCAUAAAGAGGUGAAGAUUUUUUUUAAUUCAUGCUAUUUUGUUCAGAGUCUCGAAACAAAAGCGUGAGUCCACACAGUUGUUUCACGUUUACAAAAUAAAGCCACUGUUAGUGGACGAACACAAGCGGCCAUGAGGAAACAGGCAGCUGGUGUGUGCACCGGGACAGGAGCUGCCUAUGAUACAUACACACACCCCGAUACACACACGGGUGCACACACCGUGAUACACACACAUUUCUUGAUAUAUACACACACAUCAUGAUAUAUACACACGUUGCUACACACACACCCUAUAGGUUGGGAGACCACGUAAAAUGUGAGGGGUUCACCCACAGGUCACAGGACAGACCCAGAUAUCAUGGGUUGACUGUGAUGACUGAUAGAUGCACCACCCGUGCUCCCACUGUGCCAACAAACGCACCACCCAACACGCUCGCACACACUGCCAUGCAUACGUGCCAAGAUGCGUGAGCUGAGGUUGCCUACCUGAACAAAUCACUGGGGCUGGGAGGAGGGAAUCACUCACUCUGCUGCCUUGUGCAGCCGCAGUAGGCCUCUUGUGUAGGCUUCUCUGGGCUCGUUAACAAAUUGAGCUCGCUCUGCACGUGACCAGGAACAAAGGGAAACUCAAGAAGAAGUGCCUCUGGGAGGCGGGGGGGGGAUUGGGGGUAAGGAGGCGCUGGCCUGGAGCCUCCUGCUUCGUGAUUGCAGUGGUGUUCACAUGAACCACUCGGUCGCUCGCAAAAAAAACGCUCUCUCAUACACCCAGAGGUCCUGGGCAAUCAGGGAGGGAUUUGUGGGUUCGGGGACAGGGCGAGGGUUUAAUCAGGGGUUACCAGAACCCAGGGACAGGGGUUUUCGUGGGUUGGGGGGGGGGGAAUCGGGGCGGUGGGACCUAGGGGCAGGGUGGUCUCGUGUUUUCUCGUGCAAUAAUCAAAACGUAAACCAACUCCAUUCCACUCCUGUGAAUGCCCGGCCCGCGUCGUCGUUCGCGUCUUCUCAACGUUCACGUUCUUUCUUUUUUUUAUUAUCGACGAAACUCGCUAUAACUUUUUUCCAGUUUGUAAUUAAGCAUCUUCAUAAUCUAGCCAUAUUUAUGAGCGUGUUUAAACAUGUUCACAAUAAAGGAACAUUCUAUUUCAUCACA